UGAUUUUGGACUUUAAAUGUUGUAACUUCCUGAAGCGCUCACUAUCAGUUUCUUUAGCCUCGUAUCUCCGGUUUUAAUGAUAAAAACUAAACAGCAGCAAAGGCCGUGAUUUUUCAGACAAGAAAAAAAGGACUUUGAGAUAACAAGAGCUAUGAAUUCGUCGAACUUGACAGAAAAAGUAAAUGUCAUGUCCAAGGAAAUACCCGACAGUGUGCAUUACAUAUUUGGUGUCAUCUACAUGCUGCUUAACGUUGUCGCCACCACGGGAAACGUGGUCGUAUUGUACGUCUUCUUCAGAAGUAAGAAGCUUCAUUCAGCCAUAUACUUUAUGAUUUCCGCCCUCUGUCUCGGGGACCUACUGAUGAGUUCCGUCGGGUUGACGGUCUUAAGCAUCGCCAGUUUCGCCACCUACUGGAUUUUGGGCGAUUGGGGCUGCAUUGCUUAUGGAACACUGAUGACGUUUUUGGGACUCAUGCAGAUCACCCUUCUGACUGUGAUAGCAGUUACGCGUUAUAUAUUUGUGGUACACAACAACAAUAUUGGUCCCUGUAGUGCUAAAGUCAUCACGCUGCUGUGCACAUUGUAUGCCCUUGGCUUCUCCGUGGCACCCCUCCUAGGCUGGAGUAAAUUCGUGUUGGAGCCCAUUGGAACGUCAUGCGGUCCCAACUGGGUCGGUAUAGAAUGGAGUGACGUCAGUUUUAACAUGACGUUGUUUUUUCUCUGCUUCCUUGCGCCGCUGUCCUUCAUAUUGUUUUCGUACAUCAUGAUCUUCUGGAAAAUAAAGAAAAAGAGAAUUCAGAAAAAGAACGAUACUUAUGAGAUCCACGUGUCCACCACCAUUCUUUUUAUGAUUGUUGCAUUCCUGGGAUCGUGGACGCCGUACGCCUUCAUGGCGCUGUACAUCGUGAUCACAAAGAACAACCAGAUCCACCCACUGCUCGCUGCAUUACCCCUGGUCCUCGCCAAAUGUGCACCGAUCUGGAACCCUUACAUCUACUUCAUGCGGGACACAAAGUUCAACCAUGAGUGUCGGAAGAUGCUGCCCAUCCUGUCCAGACUCGGACUUUGGCGAGUCAAUCCCGGAAGUAGUCAGGCAGAUCACGUGAUGCAUCUGAACGACACUCUGUCCAGAAAGACAUCAACUUACGUAUAAUGGUGGUUUUUUUAAUAGGCACAUAUCGUCUAUUUAGCUUACUAGAACGCUUCUAGGCGCGACCUUAUUGAAGCCUAUGGCUAAAAAUAGAAUUUGCU